AUGAAGACACCUGACAACACUGCUGACAUGGCUGUCAGUGUAGGUUAGUCUCUGCAUGCAAGUGUUGCAUGUACGUUCAUUGCAUAGCCAACGUGUAUUACUGUAAUGAUCCUAAAACCUAUGUAUGCAUGAUAUACAGUGGGGGAAAAAAGUAUUUAGUCAGCCACCAAUUAUGCAAGUUCUCCCACUUAAAAAGAUGAGAGAGGCCUGUAAUUUUCAUCAUAGGUACACGUCAACUAUGACAGACAAAAUGACAAAAGAAAAUCCAGAAAAUCACAUUGUAGGAUUUUUGAUGAAUUUAUUUGCAAAUUAUGGUGGAAAAUAAGUAUUUGGUCAAUAACAAAAGUUUCUCAAUACUUUGUUAUAUACCCUUUGUUGGCAAUGACACAGGUCAAACGUUUCCUGUAAGUCUUCACACACUGUUGCUGGUAUUUUGGCCCAUUCCUCCAUGCAGAUCUCCUCUAGAGCAGUGAUGUUUUAGGGCUGUCGCUGGGCAACACAGACUUUCAACUCCCUCCAAAGAUUUUCUAUGGGGUUGAGAUCUGGAGACUGGCUAGGCCACUCCAGGACCUUGAAAUGCUUCUUACGAAGCCACUCCUUCGUUGCCCGGGCGGUGUGUUUUGGAUCAUUGUCAUGCUGAAAGACCCAACCACAUUUCAUCUUCAAUGCCCUUGCUGAUGGAAGGAGGUUUUCACUCAAAAUCUCACGAUACAUGGCCCCAUUCAUUCUUUCCUUUACACGGAUCAGUCGUCCUGGUCCCGUUGCAGAAAAACAGCCCCAAAGCAUGAUGUUUCCACCCCCAUGCUUCACAGUAGGUAUGGUGUUCUUUGGAUGCAACUCAGCAAUCUUUGUCCUCCAAACACGACGAGUUGAGUUUUUACCAAAAAGUUAUAUUUUGGUUUCAUCUGACCAUAUGACAUUCUCCCAAUCCUCUUCUGGAUCAUCCAAAUGCACUCUAGCAAACUUCAGACGGGCCUGGACAUGUACUGGCUUAAGCAGGGGGACACGUAUUGCACUGCAGGAUUUGAGUCCCUGGCGGCAUAGUGUGUUACUGAUGGUAGGCUUUGUUACUUUGGUCCCAGCUCUCUGCAGGUCAUUCACUAGGUCCCCCCGUGUGGUUCUGGGAUUUUUGCUCACCGUUCUUGUGAUCAUUUUGACCCCACGGGGUGAGAUCUUGCGUGGAGCCCCAGAUCGAGGGAGAUUAUCAGUGGUCUUGUAUGUCUUCCAUUUCCUAAUAAUUGCUCCCACAGUUGAUUUUUUCAAACCAAGCUGCUUACCUAUUGCAGAUUCAGUCUUCCCAGCCUGGUGCAGGUCUACAAUUUUGUUUCUGGUGUCCUUUGACAGCUCUUUGGUCUUGGCCAUAGUGGAGUUUGGAGUGUGACUGUUUGAGGUUGUGGACAGGUGUCUUUUAUACUGAUAACAAGUUCAAACAGGUGCCAUUAAUACAGGUAACGAGUGGAGGACAGGGGAGCUUCUUAAAGAAGAAGUUACAGGUCUGUGAGAGACAGAAAUCUUGCUUGUUUGUAGGUGACCAAAUACUUAUUUUCCACCAUAAUUAGCAAAUAAAUUCAUUAAAAAUCCUACAAUGUGAUUUUCUGGAGAAAAAAAAUCUCAAUUUGUCUGUCAUAGUUGACGUGUACCUAUGAUGAAAAUUACAGGCCUCUCUCAUCUUUUUAAGUGGGAGAACUUGCACAAUUGGUGGCUGACUAAAUACUUUUUUUCCCCCACUGUAUAUUGUCUGUCCAAUGUAACCACAUGCACUGUAAUUACACUAUAGCCUACCUACCUACGGUAUACAACUGCUGUGCCUUCUAUGUAACAACAUGGUGUUUACAUACCUCCUUGGUCAUCUCACAGUCAAGCCCAUCCAUAGCAAACUUUCAUUUAGAUUCUGUGAGUUCACUGGCCUCCUCUCUCCCAGGGGACCACACACACACACACACACACACACACACACACACACACAGCGAACCACCCAGGGAAUCCGAGCACCUGUUAAAAAUCCACCAGCAACUCAUUAUCAGAUCAAGAGCCAUUCGUCAACAUCUGUCUUAUAAUGGAUUCACCCAGCACUCAAUAUACUUCCAGUUGUUUCACCUCUGAUCAAGUCACCUUACAAAUCGGCCCUCUGAGGCCCUCUGUUAAUGAAGUAGGAGAAAUAGAUACAUUGAUUGAAUGAAUGGCUGUGUCCCACAUGGCACCUUAUAUUCCCUAUAUAGUGCACUACUUUUGACCAGAACCCUAUGACCAAUCCCUAUGGGCCCUUGUCAAAAGUAGUGCACUAUAUAGGGAAUAGGGUGCAAUUUGGGAUACAAUCAUAGAUUCAUUAAUUGAAUGAGUGAAUACAUUACGGUCUGUAUUGAGUAGUUGUAGUUGUUCCCAACUAGGGGUACUUGAGAAGACGUAUGAGACCAUAGGCCUACUGGUAAAAUGUACAUGAAGGGGUACUUCAGGCAGAGCAACGUUCAGCUGGUGGUACAGUAACAGAGAACGGUUGGGAACCACUGGAGUACUGUAGCGCCAGAUGCCGCUCGCUGCACGAGACAAAUAGCACCGUAUCCCCUUUAUAGUAUUGGCCCUGAUCAACAGUAGUGCGCUACUUAGGGGAUAGGAUGCCAUUUGUGAUGCAGUCAUUGUAUACAUUAAAGGUCCAAUGCAGCCAUUUUAAUUCAAUAUCAAAUCAUUUCUGGGUAACAACAUGCGCUGUAAUUACACUAUAGCCUACCUACCUACAGUUUAAUUGUGUUAGUCUGACAGAUGGCCUCAAAUGAAGACACCUGACAACAAUUAACUACCUUCCUGUGAUUGUUUUCAAUUAAAAUGGUCAAAAAAAGAAAUAAAACAUAGCUUGUAAUCAAAGAGUAGUUUUUCAAGCAAGAAUUUUGCUAGGACUGUCUGGAAGUUGUCUGAGUGAAUACAUGUGUGUGUGUGUGUGUGUUAGUUACCAGAUCUCAACCCAGAUCUCAACGCCUGAGACAGAGUUUUCCACCACAAUCAACAAAACACCAAAUUAUGGAAUUUCUUGUGGAAGAAUGGUGUCGCAUCCCUCCAACAGAGUUCCAGACACUUGUAAAAUCCAUGCCAAGGUGCAUCGAAGUUGUUCUUGCGGCUCGUGGUUGGCCCAAUGCCCUAUUAAGAAACGUUAUGUUGGUGUUUCCUUUACUUUGGCAGUUACCUGUACAUACUAUAUGACAUGAGAAUGAUAAUUAAUACUGUUCGUUAAAACCUUGAUUCUGCAUCUCCUUGACACUAACUCUCUUUCGCUCUCUCUUUAUCCCCUCCUCUCUCUCCCCCCUCUUUUAUCUCUCCCCCCUCUCUCUCUCCUUCUCCCUCUCCCUUCUCUCUAUCUCUCUCCACAGGUGCAGGGACUGGAGAAGCAUGUGGCCAAGGACAACACAGGACUAGACCUAGGUCCAGCAGGCUCAGUGAUGAAGACCCUACCGUAUGGCAUGGGAGGGGGAGCCGUAGGCACCGCAGGGGGAGUCAAACCCCCUUACCAAACCACCUCCCGCAUCUUCUCCACAGGCAUGGACGGGGUCGGCAACCCGCCCAUGAAACCCCCUCUGAAAACCCCCACCUACAGCUUCCUCAACCCUUACGACUGGGCCAGGAAUCAGUCUCUUCUCCUGGACCAGACAGGCUAUCGUAACAAACGCAAACCCUCACAGAAGACGGCCCAGAAGACCAAGAAGAUCUUCGGCUGGGGGGAUUUCUACUUCAAUGUGAAGACCAUGAAGUUCAGCGUCUUGGUCACCGGAAAGAUCAUUGACCACAUCAACGGCACGUUCACCGUCUACUUCCGCCACAACUCGUCCAGUCUCGGUAACGUCUCCGUGAGUAUCGUCCCUCCAACUAAAGUAGUGGAGUUCGAGGUUCUCCGACACCACCAGCCGGGCCUCCACGCCCAGCUCCACCCUGAGCUCCACACCCAGAUCACUCAACAACAGACCCCGCACCAGUCCACCAUCGACCCCAAGGAGGUAAAGACCUUCAACUGCCGGGUGGAGUAUGAGAAGACCAACCGCUCCAAGAAGCCCAAGCCCUGUCUCUACGACCCGUCUCAGACGUGUUUCUCAGAGCACACUCAGUCCCACUCUGCCUGGCUCUGCGCCAAACCCUUCAAAGUCAUCUGUAUCUUCAUCUCCUUCUUUAGCAUCGAUUAUAAGCUGGUUCAGAAAGUGUGUCCGGACUACAACUUCCAGAGCGAACACCCUUACCUUGGAUAAGAGAGGAGCGAAGAAAGGGAGGGGAGAAAGUCUUGAGCGUGUUUGUGGGGAUCUGUUUAAGCAAAGGGCCAAAUGCAGAAUCACUCAUCUUGAUCUCUCGCUUGCUCAGAGAAUGUGUAGUUAUUUGGGAUGCAAGGUGAUUUGUAGAUCAGUGAUCCUGCGCAGUCCAAUCUCGAACACGCACAAUGUCAGGACCAAUGACGACGGGGAUAGCCUUUUUUCUGCUCUCAACCUCCCGUUGGAUUGUGGAUAUUAUUCAAAUGA